AUGCGCACGUCUGGCGGCGCGGGCGCCUCGCGCAGGCAGCCCCGCGACGCCACGCCAGGUCCUUUGCGUCCUCUAACCACGCUGCUACUCACCCUCGCGCUCUUGUGCUCGCUGGCCGCAGCGGAAGCAGCCCCCGCGUCUCCGCAAUGGCGUCAGCUGGAGAGUCACGUGACGGUGGGCGCCGACGGCAUCGCGACGUCGCGCGGGGCUGGACGCCAGCGCAGUGACGGACUCUCCAUCACGCGCAGCACUCCGGUGGACAUCGGCAACGCUCCAGACGCAGUAGUGGACGACCAAGCCAUUAAGUUCACGCCGCCUCGAGUCGAGCUCGGGCGGAUGGAGACCUGCUCGCCGCAGAGGUAUUACGUGGGCGUGGAGAACCGCGGCCGAGUGUCUGUGAGACUCGAUGGAGCCGACUUCACUCAUAGUGGAUUUUCAUUGGCAACCGACGUCCGCGGCAUUCGAUUGGACCCAGGCGACCGAUUCAACCUGCAAUUCGUAUUUCUCCCCAUUUACGCGCUGGACAGCUUUGUGCAUAUUGAAUUGCUCAACGGUAGCAACUGGAUCGGACCACGGUGGCCGAGGGAAGAUGACGGGAAGGAGGCUAGAGAAGUGCCUGGAGAAUACGACAAAGAAUUUGACUAUGCAAGGCGAACCGACCGUGGCGCGUGGGAUAUGCCCGCGGGUACGACGAGUCCGCUGAUGAAGGUUUCGCUGCUAUCGAACACGCCUGGCGUGUAUUUCACCCAUAUUCACAUUGCCGCUGGGGAACAUCGCCUGGUGAUGGUUCCAGUGCACAUUACUGUAUUGAAGCCUGGAAUCCACAUUGAACCGAAGGAGCUGGACCUGGGAGUCUUGACCGAUCUUCACGAAGACGAACCCCGCGAAGUAUUUUUCACUCUGUAUAAUGCCGGCGUGAACCCUAUUGACGUAUUGGAAUUGAAAGUUUUAGAGAGCAACCUGAUCGUGUCAGCUCAACUGUGGGGAGGAACGUCAGUGAUUCCUCCACGAACUCAAGUGUAUAGCGCGCUGGCUGUUCAGCUUCGUGUGGACAAAGCAAGGGAAAGCGGCAACUGCUUCGCAUCCUUGCUGCUGAAGACAAACGCAUCGAGCUCGGAGCUGGGACAGCGCAAACUGAAAUUGUACGGACAAGUGGUAAGAGGCAGCAUGACUUUCCAGCUCAAUGAAACCCGUGCUGGGGUCGUUUACCCUCUACAAAAGUUAUUUUAUAAAGAUGAAGGUGCCGGUGUCAAUGAUACCGCAGAACACAAUGGUACUGAGCUAACGAUAGAUGACGAAGAGACUUCUACGGCCAAGUUGGUGUCAAUGGUUGGUGAAAAUGCCUCGAUGGGAAUAAUGGCGGGCACGAGUGCCUUCCAGAAACUUCGUUUGUGGAAUCGAUUUGACCGCCCGAUGGAACUGCAACGCGUCUGGAUAGACUAUCCACGAUCGGAACAAGAUGGAUCUCAAGAGGUAGCUGUGUACAGAUUUAAACAGAGUGUGGCUCCUGCUGGAUCGGCCUGGCCAAAGAUUUCACUUCAGAUCUCUCCGGCGCUACGAGGCAAGGGACACCCCUUGGCAGCAAAGGCGUAUCCUCUCGUAAUUGAGACAAAUGUCACGCGCCACCGCAUCCCGAUCUACGUGUACCACGGAUUCCUUGCCGUUGAUUCAAGCAGGGGCCUUCAGAAUCAUUCCGUGUCGGGCUAUUACACUUCAAGUUCUUCCGAGAUGAAGUCAUUCCAAUCGUGUGUAAAGGUACCGGAAGACGGCAGCGUGCCGACUACGUCACCGCGUAUCGAUGGUGGAGAAGGAGUUGCGGACACCCAAGCUGCCAAGUUAUGCCGCUCGAUGUUGUUCGACUUAGAAAAAGUCGCGUCACACAACUCCCGUACUGAGGCGGUGGAAAUUACGAAUGAAAACCCGAUUCCAGUCACCCUCAAAGUUAUUAGUGUUCCGUUAAACGACACGGUGGAUUUGUCAAUACACGACGUGCAUGGCGUAGUCGAACGGCGUGCCAAUUUGCGGGAAGAUCAGCUGGAACGCCCGAGCAGCAGGGAUUCUGACGUCGUCGUGGUGGGUGAUACUGUUGUUCUUCGGCCUCGCCACCAAAUUGUGUUUCAUGUGAAAGUCCAAGCGAAGGAUACUCUUGGGGAGCUUACAGUUCCGGUCAUGUCUAUCGCUACUCCUACCGAAGUACUACACUUCCAUGCUCGGUUACAGAGUGUUCGGGGCACAGUUGAGCCAAUUACGCCAGCUAUCGUGUUGCCGUCAAUGUUUCCCGGGCGUACACAAGUUAUUCACUUGAAGUAUCGCAACACGUUCGAGCACCCGGUGACCCCUCUGAUGGCCACGACAAGCAGCUCGAACCUGAAAUUGCUAUCUAUUCGAAAUGCAAUCACCCCAAAGCAGGUUGAGAACGUGCUGGAUCUGCUGUUUUCCCCGGCGGCCGACUCGAAAUGCUCUGGCGCGCUGUUUCUCGCUGACUGUCUACUCCCAACGAUGGAGGAUCAAACCAGUGACCAGCUUUCGGGUUACGGAGAGCUUGUCCAUGGACACGACUUGAUUGCCUUGAGUCGUCGCAAUGCAUUUUGGAGUGACGCACUAGGAGAUGACCACCUGUCGACGGUUGAAACCCGGGUGCACUUGCAAACAGACAUCAUGGAUGAUGUUGCCGAAGUUACCGUCAAAGCUCUUCUGGAGCGUCCUCUGGUUACUGCACUGUCAGACGCCCAGGCACAGUCAGACAAUGACUCUUCGGUGAUAUUUGAGCGCAAGGAGUUUGCGCUGACGGAGCUUUUGCACUUAAGCCACAUUUUCGUGCGUGUGCGCAACCCAAGUAACGUGACGAUUUACAUGGAGCUGACGCGCGCAGAAGCUGACGAACCACUGUUUUAUUCCUGCGACGAAGGUUUGGACCACGUCAACGAUAUCGUGGAAGGUGACACUACUACGGAGAUCUCGGCAUUGUGUCUGGACGAGUGGAUGGCAGCCGCGUCGAAUUCUGUGGCGCUACAGCGAGAAGUUCAAGUGGAUCUUAACAUACCCCCGUUUUACUUUCGAAGGAAGAUUAUCCAGGUCGGCGCUGGAGAGGAGGCUCAACUUGGUCCAAUCUACUACCUGCCUUCUAAAGUCCAAGAAGUAACCACAGUGGCGUUUGUGCGCAACAGUCUUUCGCACAUUGAGCCCGUGCCAUUACUUGCUCGAAGUGGCAAGGGUACAUUAGAUCUUGUGGUGGAUGCAGCAGAUAGCAGCACUUCGGACAAGACCCGCUAUACCCCCCGCCGACUGAUUGCUGAGACUGGAGGAAGUGAUGACCAGCUCGAUUUCGAAGGAACACUGAGAUUUGAUCUAACUCAGCAAGAUGAGUUGACUGAUUACACUCGACACACUGAGAUUCUCCUGUCAAACACUGGCCCAUUUGGACUUACGAUUCAAAGUUUGAUGGUGGAAGGAGAAGAAGAGAUUUCGUGGCUGCCGUCGAAAUGGACAUCAAAAACCGCUUCAACAGCCAGCGACUUCGAGGUCUCUUCGGAAUAUCUGCAGUCCGCAAUGAACAGUGAAGGCUCUGCUGUGGUGCUUCAACCUGGAAAGACUGCCCGCCUCCAGGUUUCGUUCCGUGCUAGCUGUUUCGUGACUAACGUUGCUAGUCGGCUGGUCGUUGAUACUAGCGACAGUGUCAAGCGUAUUCGCCUGGAAGGCACGAUUUCUACUGAGGCUGCUUUCUCGUGCCUGCGUUCUCCGAUGUCACCCUCGUAUCGGUAUGCACUUCGUUCAGUAUGGACGUUCGCGGUCCUAAUCGCCGUUAUCUCCACACUUUGCGCACUCUGGGCGUUAGCACGUGACGCAUGGACUUCCGACACGAUCAGCGAAGCAUCUUUCGCUGUGGGCAGCGACGAAUUGGUGACAGCAUGGAACACGGAGGACGAAAGGGGUGCGAAGCAUGAAACUCUCGAAGCAAUCAACCGUCUAUUGGAGGGCAUGGAGGAAGCAACAUUUGCCCCAACAGCCCGCGUGGUCACGCCGGCAGUGACGGCAUUAUUGGAGAGACGGCACAAAGGAGUGUGCUCAAUAGUUCAGAAAGACCCCGCUUCUGAAAUACCUGGGGUUCUUGAAACCACCAGCGAACCGAAAGAAGCUCAACGCAAUGCUACAUCGCUACCGGCAGUCGCAACUGACGGAACGCAGGGUGACAAGUUGGUGGUGAAGACUGAGCGAAUCUCUGCGUCUGACGCGGCGUCUACGGCGACGGAGGCAAGCUUGCAAGAUGCCCAAGAAGAGGCUGUGGACGAGGGCGACGUCGCGGAGAUCAGUGCGCUGCUCGUAUCAACCGAACCGGUCUCCGAGCCUAAUGUCACUUUGAACAAGCUGCUCGAUGGCAACGACGACCACAAUACCAAUGAUCUGUCGUCGGAUUCAAGCAGCUCAGUUUCGUCUGAAGACGGCUCAGUUGCGUCCUCGCACUCGACUAUCAUACCUCCAGAAUCCGAAGAGUCAAGCCUUGGUGCGGAUUUUCCCAAGCUGUUGUUUGGGUCCCCGAAUGGUGCUACACCCAAGUUCAACGGCACGCCUUCACCACAAAAGGAGGAAGACCCGUUCGAGGCGUUCAAGUCGGUGUCGGAGCGGUGGCGUACUCAAGACUGGCCGGACAACUUUACCGAUCCAUCUCCAUCGUCAUUGUCACCGAAAUUUCCGACCUUUGAAGACUGGAACGGCACUUUGUCGUUCAACACGCUGGGGCAAGGUUUGGUGGCCGGCAAUCAACGCGACGAGAGCUUGAGUUCAGGCAGCCGCAGCGAGUCGAGCAGCUUCAUCGGAACGAGUUCGGGUCUCUAUCUUGACAGUUUUUCGGCGUUCGGAAGUUCUGUAGCAGCUCCGACCCCCGCACCAAAAGCGACCACCACAAAGGCUCCUCCCGGAUUUACGCCCGCCGAUGCGAAACCGUUGGAGACUCGAGCAGCUUUCGAACGACUUCGGAGUGGCAGCGGCACGACCAGCUCUGCUGCAAUGACCAGCACUUCCAACGAAGUGUUUGGCGGCAGCUCGGUGUUUGCCGGCAAUCUGCCACUGUUCGGUCCGGCGUUGCCCCCAACAAACCACAACCAUGGAGGCGCCGGUCGCAUCGGCAGUCGGACUACAUACUCGAGUCAGGCAGUCGUGCAAUGGUGGAUUCCGCAGGAUGUCGCCGAGCCAAACACUUUCGGACACAUGGCUGUCGAUCAGAUGAGCGACGCAACGGCUCGAGACUGCAAUCGUGCCGUGAAACCGGGUGCUGUACAUGCCGUUGCAGUGACCGUUCCUCUUGGCUCCAGUAUGUGA